CUGUGCCGGUCCCAGAAGCAGGAGGCCUGAGACCGGGAACCGUCACAGGACAGCACGAGGAGCUCAGCCCAGCAUGGACCCCAGAUACCUGAUGGAUCCCAACACUUUCACUUCCAACUUUACAAAUGACCCUUCCGUCCUUGGGCAGCACAAAACUUACCUGUGUCACCAGGUAGAAGUCCUGGAUGGUGAUUCCUGGGUCCUGCUGGACCAAUACAAGGGCUUCCUGCAUAACCAGCCUCGGGAUAUACUAAACGGCUAUUGGGGCCGCCACGCAGAGAUGUGCUUCCUGGACCAGCUUGGUUCCUGGCAGCUGGACCCGGCCCAGCGCUACAGGGUCACCUGCUUCAUCUCCUGGAGCCCCUGUUUCAGCUGUGCCCAGGAGGUGGCCGUGUUCUUGAGCAGGAACAGCCACCUGAGCCUGCGGGUCCUCCCUGCCCGCAUCUACGAUCAUAGCCCUGGAUAUGAGGAGGGGCUGAGCGCCCUGCAGGGGGCUGGGGCCCAAAUCGCCAUCAUGACCUCCGCAGACUUUGAGCACUGCUGGAGCACCUUUGUGGACCACCAGGGGAGGCCCUUCCAGGCCUGGCAGGGGCUGGAUGAGCACAGCCACGCCCUGAGGAGGAGGCUGCAGGGCAUUCUCCAGCCCCAGGAGCACUGAGGGGCGGGGCAGCGUCUCCAUGGCGGCAGGACGCCUGUGCUGAGCAGCAGACUGAGGCACCUUCUUUCAGGACACGCGAAGGGACAUUCGCCACCAUCUGCGGGUGACCCACAGAGACCAGCAAAGCAGAUCAGCUCACAAGAAAUACAUUUUUAAAAACAAGUUAGAAUUGAACUACUAUCAGUUGAAAAUAUAUCUUAUG